AUGCAUCCGCAAAGCAAGUAUCCCACUCCAGAUGACAUAAACAACAUCAUUUCAACAGAGAUACCAUCAAAGGAAGAUGACAUGGAAUUGUAUCAUUUGGUCAAGACACAUAUGAUUCACGGUCCAUGUGGUUUGGCAAACAAGUAUUCACCUUGCAUGAAAAAUGAUAAAUGCUCCAAAUUCUUUCCAAAAAAAUUUCAACCUAACACUAUUGUUGAUCAGGAUGGAUAUCCCGUUCACAGAAGAAGGGAAACUGGAAAUACAGUUAUGAAGAAGAACGUUGUUCUUGAUAACAGAUUUGUCGUUCCUUACAACCCAUAUUUGUUGAAGAAGUUUCAAGCUCACAUCAAUAUGGAGUGGUGUAAUCAAGGUACUUCUGUUAAGUACUUAUUUAAGUAUAUAAACAAGGGCUAUGAUAGAAUUACAGCAGCUGUUGUCGAAGGAGACACUGACGGAUCUUCUUUCACUAAGAACGUCGAUGAAACCAAGCAAUAUCUUGAUUGUAGAUAUGUCUCACCAAGUGAAGCAUGUUGGAGGAUAUUUUCAUUUCCCAUUCAUGGAAGGUCUCCAGCAGUUGAGAGGUUGUAUUUUCAUCUUGAGGGCGACAAUUCGGUUUAUUAUACUGAUUAUGAACUGAUAGAUGAAGUACUUGAAAAACCAAGUGUGAAAGAAUCAAUGUUUACCGCUUGGAUGGAAGCAAACAAGACAUAUCCAGAGGCCAGAAAUUUGACAUACUCGAAUUUUCUUACCAAAUUUGUUUAUGAAAAAAGAUACCGACGAUGGAGACCACGUAAAAGAGGCCAUACUAUUGGUAGACUAAUUUGGGUUCCUCCAAGUACCGGUGAGUUGUAUUACCUAAGAAUGAUGCUUACGGUUGCAAAGGGACCAACAUGCUAUGAGGAUAUAAAAAAGGUAGGUGGAAUUGUUCGGGAAAGUUUUCGGGAUGCAUGUUUUGAAAUGGGAUUUCUUAAUGAUGAUAAGGAAUAUGUUGCAGCGAUUAAUGAGACAAAAGAUUGGGGUUCGGGACAUUUUUUGAGAAAGUUAUUUGUCACUAUGCUACUAUCCGGUACAAUUAAUAGACCGCGUCAUGUUUGGGAGAAAACUUGGAAGACAUUGUGCGACGGUAUUCUUCACCGACAAAGACAGGAUAGCAAUAGAAGAGAUAUGCAGUUAACACACGCUGAGUUGAAAAACUUGACACUCAUUGAGAUUGAGAAUAUGUUGCAGUCCAAUCGAAGAAGUUUGCAUGAAUUUAAGGAUAUGCCUUACCCUGAUUCUUAUGUCACACGACACGUUGGCAAUAGACUGAUUUAUGACGAACGUGAUUAUAAUGCCGAUACUGAGCGAGAAAACUUCAACAAUCUCUUUCGUGCCCUUACAGCGUUCAAUCUUCCACACAAUAAUGAAAGCUGUCAGGAAACAAAAAGGAGGGGUGUUUUUUUACAUGGUUAUGGAGGGACCGGUAAAACUUUCAUGUGGAGAACACUAUCAAGUGCACUUCGUUCGAAGAAAAAAAUUGUUCUUACUGUUGCUUCAAGUGGCAUAGCUUCAUUAUUAUUGCCAGGCGGAAGAACUGCUCAUUCGAAGUUCAAAAUACCUGUGCCAACACUUGACAAUUCUACUUGCAAUGUUGACAAAAACACUGAACAUUCACAGUUAUUUGAGGAAACCGAUGUCAUAAUAUGGGAUGAAGCAUCGAUGGCUCAUAAAAAUUGCUUUGAGGCAUUGGAUAAAACACUUAAAGAUGUCAUGAGCAAAAAGGGUCUUGGCAAUAAAAUCUUUGGUGGCAAAGUAGUUGUGUUUGGAGGAGAUUUCAGGCAGAUUCUUCCAGUUGUUCCAAGAGCAGGACGUUCUGAUAUUGUUCAUGCAUCAAUAUGCUCCUCUUAUAUUUGGGACUAUUGUCAGGUCCUAACACUAACAAAAAACAUGAGACUUCAGCAAGGAAGAGAUGGUACAAGUUCUACCGAAAUAGCAGAGUUCUCAAAAUGGAUCUUAAAUGUUGGGGAUGGUAAGAUAUCUGAACCAAAUGAUGGAUUGGUUGACAUAGAGAUUCCUCCAGAACUAUUAAUUACCAAUUUUGAGGAUCCUAUCAAAGCUAUUGUUGAAAGCACAUAUCCCAAUUUGGUUAAUGUAUUCCAAGAUGUUGCAUAUCUACAAGGAAAAGCGAUUCUUGCCUCAACCAUUGAAGUUGUGGAUAAAAUCAAUCAUUAUGUAUUGGAUCUUAUACCAGGAGAAGAGAAAGAGUAUCUUAGUUACGACUCAAUUGAUAGAACUGAUACGAGUUAUACUGAAGCUUAUGAAGUGCUAACUCCAGAAUUUCUUAGCAAACUAAGAACAUCAGGACUACCAAAUCAUAGGAUCAAGUUGAAAGUUGGUACCCCUAUUAUGCUGAUGAGAAAUUUGGACCAAAGUGACGGAUUGUGCAAUGGAACAAGAUUAAUUGUUACAAGAUUAGCAAAUCAUGUCAUUGAGGCAAAAAUCAUGUCUGGAAAGAACAUAGGUAACAUUUUUUACAUUCCUCGAAUGUCUAUGUCACCUUCUGAGUUGCCGUGGCCAUUCAAGUUGAUUAGGAGACAAUUCCCGAUAAUUGUCUCUUACGCAAUGACAAUUAACAAAUCACAAGGUCAAUCACUUGAUAGUGUCGGGUUAUAUUUGUCUUCUCCUGUUUUCAGUCAUGGACAAUUGUAUGUUGCAAUUUCAAGAGUUACUACUAAAAGUGGUCUUAAAAUUUUAAUACACGACAAGGAGAAAGUCCCGUGCUCGACCACUACAAAUGUUGUAUACAAGGAGGUUUUCCAAUCACUUUGUUAG